UACAAUCUUUACUAUAUCUAAAAGAUGACAAAACCAGGUUACAUUAAUGCUGCAUUUCGUUCAUCUGUAAACAGUGAAGCUUACUUAUUCAUCGAUGAUAAGUUUGUGUUGUUGAAUUAUGCUCCCGGAACCGGUGACGAUAAACUUUUGAGCGGCCCUUCUCCUCUUCCUGCUGGGUUUAAAUCCCUUGCUGGGACAGUGUUUGGAACCUAUGGAGUUGAUGGUGCCUUUAACACCGAUAACAACGAAGCUUUCAUCUUUUAUGAGAACCUUACUGCUCUCAUAGACUAUGCUCCUCACACCGAAGAUGACAAAAUCAUCUCUGGUCCUAGGAAAAUCUCCGACACGUUUCCUUUUUUCGCAGGAACGGUGUUUGAAAACGGGAUUGACGCUGCAUUCAGAUCAACUAUUGGCAAAGAAGUUUACAUUUUCAAGGGAGACCAGUAUGCUAAAAUAGACUAUGGGAAGAACUAUCUUGUUCAAAGUAUCAAGAGCAUUAGUGCAGGUUUCCCUUGUCUUGCUGGAACAAUCUUUGAAAAUGGAGUGGAUGCUGCUUUCGCUUCUCACAGGACCAAUGAAGCUUACCUUUUCAAAGGAGAUUACUAUGCACUUCUCAGCUUUAACCCGACUGGAGCAGAUGACUAUAUUAUCGGUGGUGUGAAGCUCAUUCUUGAGAAUUGGCGUUCUCUUCGUGGUAUAAUACCUCAGAAAAGUUAAAUGUGGGGUGUGUGUGUGUGUGAUAUCAUCAUUCAAGUAUGGUAUUAAGAAUAAAGACCGUUGUUGUCUGUUGCUGUGACUACUGUGUUUUAUGUUUGAUGUUAUGUGUGUGGUCUUUUCCUUAUGUUGUUUCUAGUUGUCAAUGUUUGCUUAUGUUGUUAAUGUGAACUAUGUAAUGACAUGCACUAUGUGCGCAUAAUGGAAAUAAUAUAUAAGUGUGUAUGUUCAGUA